AUCAAAAAAGAAACAAAUACAUAACAAUGAAAUUCUUCAUUAUUGCUGUUUGUGCUAUUGCAGCCGUAUCGGCUAAUGUUUCCCAUUUGGCUGGUCAGGGUUACAAUUACGAUAAACCUUCUCCCGUAUUUGAUGUACCACAAUUGUUGCCACCUCAGCCUCAAUAUUCUGCACCAGCUCCAGUUCAUCAUCAAGAAUUGUCAGCCCCAAUUCCAGCUCCUUCCAAUGAUUACUUGCCACCUCAACCUCAAUACUCUGCACCAUCUGCUGGACACCAACAUCAUCACUCUACUCCUUCGAAUGAAUACUUGCCACCUCAGCCACAAUACUCUGCCCCAGCUCCAGUUCAUCAUCAAGAACUUUCAGCUCCUAUUCCUGCCCCCUCUAACGAAUACUUGCCUCCUCAACCUCAAUACUCUGCUCCUGCACCCGUCUACCAACAACAACAAUCUGCCCCAGCUCCUUCCAAUGAAUACUUGCCUCCCCAGCCUCAAUACUCUGCUCCAGCCCCUGUCUACCAACCACAACAAUCUGCCCCAGCUCCCUCUAACGAAUACUUGCCUCCUCAACCUCAAUACAAUGCCCAAGCUUCUGGAAGUCACCAACAUCAUUAUACUGCCCCCUCCAACGAAUACUUGCCUCCUCAGUCACAAAACUCUGCCCCCGCUCCCGUCUACCAACCACAACAAUCUGCCCCAGCUCCCUCUAAUGAAUAUUUGCCUCCUCAGCCACAAUAUUCAGCUCCUGCUCCCGUCUACCAACAACAACAAUCUGCCCCAGCACCCACCAACGAAUACUUGCCUCCUGUCAAUCAAGCCCAUCAUCAUGAACACCAUCACGAACACCAACAUCAUCAUGAAUCUCAAAGCCAAGCUGGUGGCUAUCAUUAUGAUGCUCCUGUUAGACGUUUCCGUUAUCGUUUCCGCAACUAAGCAUUGGCGUAAAUCGGUCGAAAACUCAGCGAUACUUGUUAAAUUAACAAGUUAAUAUAAGUAUUUUUUUGUUUUGUUGUUAUGAAUAUUGACAAUGUUCGUUUUAUGAUAAGUUUUAGUACAAUUUAAUAAAAAUUCAAAAACA